CCUCUGAAAACUCCGCCGAAAAAUGUCUCCGCCAAUUUCGUCUUCUUGCAAACUAAAGAAAUUUUCAAUCGCAUGUCUACUGCUGGCAUCCCUCCACGUAGGGUUUGCCUACAAGAUCCUCGUGGUGUUCCCGAUGCCUGGGAAGAGCCACACAAUCCUUGGGGAAGGAGUCGUCCGACACUUGGCUAAUGCUCAGCAUGAUGUUACAUACAUAACUCCAAUACUUCUGAAAUCUCCGCCGAAAAAUGUGAGACAAAUAGACGUAACUUCCAAUUUCGACUUCAUGAAAAACAAUGCAGCAGAUAUGUUGAACCUCAAGAGUCACAUGGACAAUAAUGCUGAAAUGGAUAUGUCCAUGAUCUUCAACAUGAUGCUGCAAAUCCACAACAUGACGUACCACAACCCGAGCGUGCAGAAACUGCUGUCAGACACCAGCGAGCAGUUCGACGUCGUCAUCGCUGAGUGGAUGUUCAGUGAACUGUACUCUGGGUUCUCAGCAAUUUUCAACGUUCCACACAUCUGGGUGUCCACCGUCGAGCCCCACUGGCUGGUGCUGCGCCUGAUCGACGAAGCCUGUAACCCUGCUUACACUUCGGAUACACUGUCCUCCAAUAUUCCUCCUUUCUCAUUCAUUGGUCGGCUUCAACAACUCGGAAGCCAAAUAUUUGGAUUUGGUUUAAAGAAAUUUCUUAUAGAAGGCUUCGAGGAGAAGGCAUACGCUGAACUCACUCCAUAUUUCAAAAUGAGAGGUCGACAGGCUCCAGCAUAUAAAGAGCUGGCGUUCAACGCUUCCCUCAUGCUUGGAAAUUCUCACGUGUCAUUAGGCCAGCCCAUGUCGUUGCCACAGAGCUACAUAAACGUUGGUGGAUACCAUAUUGAGACGAACUUGGCACCUCUUCCUAAGGACUUACAGACCCUGAUGGACAACGCCAAGCACGGCGUCAUAUACUUCAGCUUGGGGUCCAACAUCCAAAGUAAGGACUUGCCGGACGAACUGAAGCAGAGUCUCCUGAAGAUGUUCGGAGAACUAAAGCACACAGUUAUUUGGAAAUUCGAAGAGACGUUGCCUGGACUGCCGAGCAACGUGCACAUCCUUAAGUGGGCUCCUCAGCCUAGCAUCUUGGCGCAUCCCAAUUGUAUCCUCUUCAUCACGCACGGUGGUCUUCUCUCCACCACCGAGACCAUCCACUUUGGAAAGCCGAUCAUUGGAAUUCCAGUCUUCGCUGAUCAGUUCGUCAACGUGAACAGGGCCGUAGCCAAGGGAUUUGCCAAGAGAGUCGACCUGUCCUAUGGCAUGGCCCCCGAGCUUGGAGCAGCCAUCAAGGAUAUUAUCGGGGAUCCAAAAUACUCCAACAAUGUGAAACAACUAUCACUGAUAUACCACGACCGCCCAGUGCCUCCUGGCAAGGAGCUGGUGCACUGGGUGGAGCACGUGGUCAAGACUAACGGCGCCCCCCAUCUUCGCUCGCCAGCAUUAAGCGUACCUUUCUACCAGAAAAUGUACCUCGAUCUCCUUGCCUUGAUAGUAGUUAUCUUACUAGGAAUAAGAGCAAUAUUUAGAAGAAUAUUCAAGAAGAAAUCAAGUAAAGUAAAGAAAGAGUGAACGAACUUGACACAUCGGUUUAAUACUCAAAAUUAGUUCCUAAAUCAUACCAACAAGUAAAGU